CUUUUAAAAUGCCAUUCAUGUUUUCUGUUUCAUUCUUCCACCACUGCAAAAAUAAUUCUUCCUUCCUCCCUAAGAAUAUGGAGUUCCUCUGUUUCUUCACUCUGCUUUUGCUAUCACAGUCUGUUGCAUUGAAUAUAGCAGAGAAAACGCAAACUGCAUGCGAAAUGUGUUUAGAAUGUGAGAAUCCAUGUGAUCAGCCACCACCGCCGCAAGAGAUACUCUGUCCUCCACCUCUUCCACCGCCUCCCCCGCCUCAGAUACUCUGUCCUCCACCUCUCCCACCACCUCCACCGCCUCCGCUAGAGAAUUUCUGUCCGCCACCGCCUUCACCACCACCGCCUUCUCCUCCUCCGCCACCUCCAUCACCGCCACCGCCGUGUACGCACUGCCCACUACCACUUCCACCACCGCAGCCGCCCAUUUGUGACGAAUGCGUUCAUAACAAACCGAGGCCGCCCAUCAUUAUCACCGCAGCAGCAGCGUCACGGGAGGUUUCAGCUUCUAUAAGCUUCGCAACUGCUCUUGCCUUGCUCGUCUCUUCUCUGCUUCAUUAAUCUUGCUAGCGAUCUUCGGCCUUUCAUGUCUCUUCAUUAUUAUUCUUACAAUCACUAAGUGGGGUUUUUAGUUGUAUUAUUCAAACUAUCCAUUUUGGUUUGUGUCUCUAAUUAUCCUCUGUCCUCAAAUAAAUAUUUUGACUUGUUGUUUAAAAAUAGUUAGGUUUGCUAAUUCCUUUAUUACUGGUUCAAUAAUUUUACUGUUAUUAUUUUGUUCA